AGCCCCAAGAUGUUAGACUGGCUGUUGAAUAUUGUGGCCCUCCAAGCCCACUGUCAAGCUGAGGCCAAGUCUGGAAAGUAUGCCUCAGUAGAGAAGAAUGGAGAACAUUACAUGACGGCAGCAGACUUCGUGCGAAACUAUCUUGGGCUGUACACCGAACCCAACUUCAACCCCAACUCCAUCACGCUACUGGGAGGAAUCCUCGACACCAGCAAGGAUGGCCUCAUUUCAUUUGCCGAGUUCCAUGCUUUUGAGGGCCUUUUAUGUGUCCCUGAUGCGCUCUACAAGACUGCCUUUCAGCUCUUUGAUACCAAAGGCACGGGCAUGGUUUCCUUCGACGAGUUCGUUGAGGUGAUCAAACAGACAAUCCUUCAUCAGAAAGUACCGUUUGACUUUGACAGUGAAUUUGUAAAGAUGUACUUUGGGAAAGAAAGGAAACGCGUCAUCAGCUAUGCAGAAUUCUGUCAGUUCCUUCAUGACUUCCAUGAAGAACAUGCAGUGCAAGCCUUCAAAUCUUAUGACAAGAAAGGCUCUGGCUUCAUCACUGCCAUGGACUUUAACGACAUCAUGCUCAGCGUUAAAUCUCAUCUGCUCACCGUUCCUGUACAAAAUAAUCUCGUUGCAGUUGCAACAGGUCAUAAAGUGAGUUUUCCAUUCUUCAUGGCAUUUAAUUCAUUACUUACCAACAUGGAACUCUGCAAGCGUAUUUACCUCAACGCAUCAGGGGGUUCCCGCACCCAGGAAAUAACUAGAGAGGAAUUUCUGCACUCGGCUCAGAUGAUGUCGCAAAUCACUCCACUUGAGGUGGAUAUAUUGUACCAUUUGACUGAACUUAUCAGCGAGAGUUCUGGGAAAAUAGUGUACAGUGAUCUAGAAGCUCUUACCCCAGAACAAUAUAUGAAGGUGAUCACCCGCAAGCUGACAGACAUCAAGGCCGUCCAAAGUCCAGAACAGCGUGGCUUCUUGAUCCAGGUGUUGGAGCAGGCUUACAGAUUCACUCUUGGUUCAUUUGCUGGCGCUGUUGGUGCUACUGCAGUGUAUCCUAUUGAUCUUGUUAAAACACGAAUGCAGAAUCAGCGCACGGGCUCCUAUAUUGGGGAGCUUAUGUAUCGUAACUCCUUUGAUUGCUUUAAAAAGGUAAUCCGUCAUGAAGGCGUCAUGGGCUUGUAUCGUGGCUUGGUACCCCAGUUGAUUGGUGUGGCUCCAGAGAAGGCCAUCAAGCUCACGGUGAAUGACCUGGUCCGUGACAAACUCACUGACAAAAAGGGAAAUAUUCCACUUUGGGGUGAAAUUUUGGCUGGUUCUUGUGCUGGUGGUUCCCAAGUGAUCUUCACAAACCCCCUUGAGAUUGUCAAAAUUCGGUUGCAAGUAGCAGGCGAGAUUGCAACUGUCAGGAAGCCAUCAGCUCUAACUGUUGUGAAGGAGCUAGGAUUUUUAGGCCUGUAUAAGGGUGCACGUGCCUGUUUGCUACGAGAUAUCCCGUUUUCUGCUAUAUAUUUCCCUGUUUAUGCACACUCCAAACGUCUUCUAGCAGAUGAAAAUGGUUAUAACACUCCUCUAACUCUUCUUAUUGCUGGUGCUAUUGGUGGUAUCCCAGCUGCAUCCUUAACCACUCCAGCUGAUGUUAUCAAAACCCGGUUGCAAGUAGCUGCUCGUGCUGGUCAAACUACUUACAAUGGAGUUUUGGAUGCUGCCAGGAAGAUUUGGAAGGAAGAGGGCUCUAAGGCUUUCUGGAAAGGGGCACCAGUUCGAGUGUUCAGAUCAUCUCCUCAGUUUGGCGUAACACUUGUAACAUAUGAGAUCUUGCAGAGAUUGUUCUAUGUUGACUUUGGUGGCAACCGGCCUACAAGCUCGGAAGCCCAGCUGCCUGCCACAGCGGCAGAUCUCCGUUCAACCAACCCAGAACAUAUUGGAGGAUACAAAGUUGCUGUUCCUAUAUUUAGAGGCAUUGAAUCAAAAUUUGGUCUCUUCCUUCCACGAUAUGUGUGAGACUCUGAGAAUGUAUUAUGUAUAUAAUUUUUGAUUUAGUUAUGAAAUACUGUCUGGUUUAUAAUUAGAUUAAAAACUCCAUUGUUCUUUAAGUUCAUUAUUAGUCAUGCAUACCCAGUGAACGAAUUGCCUUAGUCGUGUAUUUCAAGUAAAUUAUUCUGAUAUUUAUGCUGGGACAUAAGGUGCUGUCCAUGACACUUUGGUAUUUGUCCCUGUGUAAUUUAACAAUGGGGUUGGUACAUUUACAAAAAUUUAUUCCGGUUUCUGUUUUGAAUACAUCGAGAUGACGACGUGCACAAACAAUCAAAGCUUGCUACAUCAAGACUUGCUAACAGGAUUUCACUCAUAUGGGCAAAUAUUAUUAUUUAAUAUAUGUACAUAGUGUUCUUAUAUUUGGCCCAUAUACUGUAGUAACAUUUCAGACUUAGUCACACAUACCUUUUGUAUAUUUCCCAUUUAUGUUACUUGAUCGCUGUGAAGUACUCUUAGAGAACGG